CGCGCGGCGGCGCAAGAUGGCGGCGGACAGCGAACCCGAGUCGGAGGUGUUCGAGAUCACGGACUUCACCACCGCCUCCGAGUGGGAGAGAUUUAUUUCAAGAAUAGAAGAAGUACUGAAUGACUGGAAACUUAUUGGGAUUUCUUCAGGCAGACCUUUAGAAAAGGGUGUAUAUACCACAGGAGCAUGGGAAGAGAAAUCAGAUGAAAUUCUGUUUGCAGACUUCAAAUUUUCAGUUACCCAUCAUUAUCUUGUACAAGAACCCAGUGACAAGGAUGGGAAAGAAGAAUUGGUAGAAGAUGCCCUUCCUCUGCCUAUGCAGGACUUGCUGUGCAUGAAAAAUGAUUUUCCUCCUAGAGCUCAUUGUCUGGUAAGAUGGUAUGGCUUACGUGAAUUUGUUGUUAUUGCUCCAGCUGCAAAUAAUGAAGCAGUUCUUAGUGAAUCCAAAUGUAACCUUCUGCUGAGUUCUGUUUCCAUUGCAUUGGGGAACACUGGUUGUCAGGUACCGCUGUUUGUGCAAAUACAUCAUAAAUGGCGACGAAUGUAUGUUGGAGAAUGUCAAGGUCCAGGAGUUCGAACUGACUUUGAAAUGGUUCAUCUUCGCAAAGUGCCAAAUCAGUAUACUCAUUUAUCAGGUUUACUGGAUAUCUUCAAAUCCAAGAUUGGGUGUCCGUUAACACCGCUACCUCCUGUUAGCAUGGCUAUUCGGCUUACGUAUGUGCUUCAAGACUGGCUGCAGUAUUUCUGGCCCCAGCAGCCACCAGAUAUAGAUGCUCUAGUUGGAGGAGAAGUUGGAGGCCUUGAGUUUGGGAAGUUACCAUUUGGUGCCUGUGAGGAUCCGAUUAGUGAGCUCCAUUUAGCUACCACGUGGCCUCACUUAACAGAAGGUAUAAUUGUUGACAACGAUGCUUAUUCUGACCUUGAUCCUAUUCAAGCACCCCAGUGGUCUGUUAGAGUCAGAAAAGCAGAUAAUCCUCAGUGUCUAUUGGGUGACUUUCUUACUGAGUUCUUCAAGCUUUGUCGUCGGAAGGAGUCAACUGAUGAGAUACUUGGAAGGUCUGCGUUUGAAGAAGAGGGAAAAGAGGUUGCUGAUAUUACACAUGCUUUGUCGAAGCUUACGGAGCCAGCACCAGUCCCAAUCCAUAAAUUAUCUGUCACAAAUAUGGUUCACAGUGCAAAGAAAAAAAUUCGCAAACACAGAGGUGUUGAUGAAUCACCUUUAAAUAAUGAAGUUCUGAAUACUAUUCUUCUGUUUUUAUUUCCUGAUGCUGCUGACAAACUCGCAGACCUAUCUGAAAGCAGAACUAGCAUUUCAACAGGAAACAAUCCUCCUCCAGAGAAUGAAGAUUAUAAUCUCUUCAGUCAGUUUAAAUCUGCUCCUUCAGAUAGUCUGACGUACAAACUAGCUUUAUGUCUUUGUAUGAUAAACUUCUACCACGGAGGAGUAAAGGGAGUGGCACAUCUUUGGCAAGAAUUUGUGUUAGAAAUGCGCUAUAGAUGGGAGAACAACUACCUUAUUCCAGGAUUAGCUAAUGGCCCUCCGGAUCUGAGAUGCUGUUUAUUGCAUCAAAAACUUCAGAUGUUAAACUGUUGUAUUGAAAGAAAGAAAGCAAGGGAUGAAGGGAAAAGGGGGAACAGCUCUGAUCGUUCCCCUGGUGGUUUUUCUGGUGAUGCUGGAAGAGGAACAGACCACUCUGGGGAAAGUCUAAAAGAGACUGAUAAAGAAGUUGGCAAGUCUUGGGAAUCAUGGAGUGACAGUGAAGAAGAAUUUUUUGAAUGUCUGAGUGACACAGAAGAUCUGAAAGGAAAUGGGCAGGAAAAUGGGAAGAAAGGAGGAGGAAAAGAAGGCAACAAAGAGUCUGUAAACUUAAAACCAGAAGGUCGUCUACAUCCUCACGGAAAGCUGACAUUACUUCAUCCGGGAGAGCCUCUCUACAUUCCAAUAACACAGGAACCAGCACCCAUGACUGAAGAUUUGCUGGAAGAACAGUCUGAGGUACUGGCAAAACUAGGGACGUCAGCAGAAGGCGCUCAUCUUCGGGCACGCAUGCAGAGUGCCUGCUUGCUCUCAGAUAUGGAGUCUUUCAAGGCAGCUAAUCCUGGUUGUUGUCUGGAGGAUUUUGUGAGGUGGUACUCCCCUCGAGAUUACAUUGAGGAGGAAGUGGUUGAUGAAAAGGGGAAUGUAGUAAUUAAGGGUGAGCUAAGUGCCCGAAUGAAGAUUCCUAGCAACAUGUGGGUAGAGGCCUGGGAGACAGCAAAACCUGUGCCUGCCCGGCGGCAGAAGAGACUCUUUGAUGACACUAGAGAAGCAGAGAAGGUGCUUCAUUAUCUUGUAGUUCAGAAACCAGCUGACCUUGCAAGGCAUCUUUUGCCUUGCAUCAUCCAUGCAGCUGUACUCAAGGUAAAGGAAGAAGAAACACUGGAUGAUAUCUCUUCAGUUAAGAAGAUUAUUAAGCAGAUAAUAUCCCAUUCCAGUAAAGUUCUACGAUUCCCAAAUCCAGAGGACAAGAAAUUGGAAGAAAUCAUUGCUCAGAUUAUGAGUGUGGAAGCAAUCAUUGCCAGGGCCAGGUCUCUGAAAGCAAAAUUUGGUGUGGACAAAUGUGAAAAUGAGGAGCAGAGAGAAGAUUUACAAAGAUUUGUGAACUGUCUCCUGGAGCAGCCAGAAGUGUCAGUUGUUGGUGCAGGAAGAGGACCUGCUGGUAGCAUCAUUCACAAGCUGUUUGUGAACGCUCAGAAGGCUUCUACAGUGACUCCACUUGAUGAAGAAUCGAGGAGAUCAGGUUCAUCAGAUGAGCGAAGAUUCAAUACCGGAGCUACUUCAGAUUUUCCACCACCCACAGGGCGUGAGGUCAUUUUACGCACAACUGUUCCCCGCCCAGCCCCGUACUCCAAACCCUUGCCGCAGCGCAUGUACAGUGUGCUUACAAAAGAAGACUUUCGACUUGCAGGUGCCUUUUCAGCAGAUACAACCUUCUUCUGAUGUAGCUAGCUGUUAUCUUGUGUGUCUUCACAAGUAGGAAGCUAUUUGUUUUCCUUCAGGGAAGUUAAUUUAUAGACUGAUCCGGUUCGUGGUAAGGAGAAAACACUGUCAUUAGUGAUGGAGAAUAUUCCCAGGGAUAGCGUUGAAUUGGCAUCUGAAAAAGAUGCCAGCAACAACUUUAACCUGGAUGAUAAGAACAGCUUCACAUGUAGUUUUAAUCAGAUUUUGGGGGAAAUUUAGUAAUCCUCUCCCUUUGGACAGAGGGAGAAACUUUUUCUUUUUGCAUUAGCUUGUUAAAUAACAGACAUUAAUGAGCUUUAUGCAAAUACUUCAUGGUAAAAUUUAUGCAGAGAUGCUGCUUUAGUUCCUAUUCAGACUUCUUUAUAAAGAAGUGAGGUUAGUCUACUUAAAUUGAUGUGCACACAUUAAAUAAUUUAUUGCUAUCACAUGAAUAUUGAGCUUUUUUGGGUUAAUCAAGUUGCAACUGCUUCUUUUUAAAAUCUUCAUCUUGCUUAAAAGUAUACAGUAAAUUCCAGUUUAUGCUAGAUUUCUGAUAUUGCAGCAGUUGUGCAAAAAAAGCUCUUGUAGGUUGUGGACACUCCUCCCAGACGGUGAAAUAAAUAUAUUUUUGGCUGUAACUGAUGUGCAAAUAGCCUUAAGUAGAUCAUUAACAAUUUUAUAUCCUUCCCUGCAUGCAAGGGCCAAAGCUGUAUGUAAAUUGUGUGUACAGAAGUGUUUUACUUUAAGCAACUUAUUGAUAUUUAUAGAGACCUUUGGAAAUGUGUACUAUGUCUUUGAUCUCUUAAUAUGAUAAAACAAUUCUAUCACACGCUGUAAACUAACCCUACUGGAUAUCAUGCAACAAGUAUGACUUAUAUGUGCCAAUGUUGCUUUACAGUGAUCUUAGUACAAAAGCAAAAGAUCAGUUACACUGCAAAUUGAAGUAUAAAAAUACACAGUAAAAAUAAAUCUGAACUUAUGAUUGGC